AUGGGGGAUGUGCCAAGUCCCAUUUCGGACGAGCCAGCUGCGCGCGUUCCUGCUAAUCGGGGGUCCAGCACACCUCUAACUGCGUCUGCCAGAGAAACGACCCAGUCUGAAGCACAGAUCAGAUCUAUCAAACCGGGCGUCAUGAGAACGCGUGACCAAACACUGAGAAAAAUUGAAGAACGCACGACGCCAGUGGGGCCAUUUGAUAGGAAUAUCACAGAACCAGGCCUAGAGCGCCGACCUACCGCGUUUACUUUACCCUUUGAUCGAGAUAUUACCUAUUCGGAAGCAAAGCCGCGUCCAACGCAGAUCUCUUUGCCUGUCCGGAAUAAAACUGAACUGGCGCCAGUAUAUCACACAACUGACAGUCUUACUGCAUUCAACCGCGAAACAGCAUCACCGGGUGUACAGGUUCGCCCAACUGAAAACCUUACUUAUGCUGUUCGGAAUACGACUGUAUCGAAAAUCCGGGCUUCCUCCAUGGAGACCCAAUCGUCCUUCGAAUGGAAUUCUGCGAAGCCGGAAACAAACUCCCGCCCUACGCAGAUCUCUUAUCCCCUUGAGCCGGAGUCAAAGAGCCACACAACUGACGCCUACAUUCCGUCUCGAUAUGUAACAUUCCCGGAGAAUGACCACCUUUAUGAAAAAACCUCUGCAUUUGACGCUCUUCAUUUGACCUCGCCAAUCAUAGAGCCGGAGGGGGCGAUCCGACCCACUGGGACCCCAACUGCAGUGGCCAGAGUUCCGGCCGGGCUGGAGGCCGCGACCCGCCUCACUGGAAGCCCAACUGUAGAGGCCCAAGUUACGAUCGAGCCGGAGGCAGAGACCCACCUCACUGGAAGCCCAGCUGCAGCGGCCCGCCUCACUGGAAGCCCAACUGCAGAGGCCCGAGUUCCGACCGAGCCUGAGGCAGCAGCCCACCUCACUGGAAGCCCAACUGCAGAGGCCCGAGUUCCGACCGAGCCUGAGGCAGCAGCCCACCUCACUGGAAGGCCAUCGACAGUGGAUAGAGUACCGACCGAGGCGGAGGCAGUGGCCCGCCUUACUGGAGCCCAAAUAGCAGUAGGCAGAGUUCCGACCGAGCCGGAACCAGGGGCUCGCCUCACUGGAAGCCCAACAGCAGUGGAUCGAGUUCCGACCGAGCCGGAAGCAGCGGCCCGCCUCACUGGAAGCCCAAUUGUAGUAGACAGAGUUACGGCCGAGCCGGAGGCAGCGGCCCGCCUUACUGGGAGCCCGUCGGCAGUGGGUCGAAUUCCAACCGAGCCGGAACCAGGGGCUCGCCCUACUGAAAGCACAACUGCAGUGGGUCGAGUUCCGACCGAUCUGGAGUCAGCGGCCCGCCUCACUGGAAGCACAAUUGCCGUGGCCAGAGUUCCGACCGAGCUCGAGACGGCAGCCCGCCUUACUGUAAGCCCAUCGGCAGUGGGUAGAGUACCGACCGAGGCGGAAGCAGUGGUCCGCCUUACUGGAGGCCCAACAGAGUUGGACCGAGUUCCGACCGAGCCGGAGGCAGCGGUCCGCAUCACUGGAAGCACAACUGCAUUCAGCCGGGAUUUUACCGUUACCGCACCUGAGAGAUAUUUAACACUAUCUAGGGACGAAGCAAAGAGUGAGGGAGAUCCAAAGGCCUCCACAGCCAACAAGAAGCAGCCUAAAGAGAAAGAGGAGAGGGAAGAAAGUCCCACUACACCCUCAGCAAUCCAGAGGCAGCCUGAAGAGAAGGCGGGGAGGGAGGGAAGUCCUACCGACCCGUCAUCACCCCACAGGCAAACGGAAGAUGGAUUCGAGAGGGAGGGAAGACCUACCAACCCUUCAGUCAACCAGAGGCAAACUGAAGAGAAAGAGGAAAGAGUGGAAACUCCCACUACCCUCUCAGGCAACCAGAGGCUGCCCGAAGAGACAGGGGAGAGAAAGGAGAGCCCCACUACCCCGUCAGCCAACCAAAGGCGGUCAGAAGAGAAGGAGGAGAGGGAUGAAAGUCCCACCAUCCCCUCAGCUGAUCGGAGGAUGUCGGAAGAGGCAGAGGAGAGAAAGGAAAGUCCCACCACCCCGUCACCCAACCAAAGGCGGUCGGAAGAGAGGGAGGAGAGGGAUGAAAGUCCCGCCAUCCCAUCAGCUAAUCAGAGGCAGUCCGAUGAGGAAGGAGGGAGGGAAAAAAGACCCACCACCCCCUCAGCGAACCAGCGGCGGUCUGAACAAAAAUUGGGGAGGGAGGAAAGUACUCCCACUCCCUCAGCAAACCAGAGGCAAACUGAAGAGGGAGAGGAACGUGGGGGAAGUCCGAGCACCGCCUCAGCAAACAAGAGGCAGUCCGAAGAGAACGAGGAGAGAAAUGGCAGUGCCACCACUCCCUCAGCCAAUCCGAGGCAAACCGAAGAGGAAGCAGAGAGGGAUGGAACACCCAUAACUCCCUCAGUCAAUCAGAAGCAAACUGAAGAGGAAGAGGUAAGGGCGGGAACUCCCUCCUCCCCCUCCGCUAACCAAAGGCAGCCCGACGAGACAGAGGAGAGAAAGGAAAGCCCCACCACCCCCUCAGCUGACCAAAGGCUGCCGGACGAGACAGAGGAGAGAAGAGAAAGCCCCACCACCCCGUCAGCUAACCAAAGGCUGCCGGACGAGACAGAGGAGAGAAGGGAAAGCCCUACCACCCCCUCAGCUAACCAAAGGCUGCCGGACGAGACAGAGGAGAGAAGAGAAAGCCCCACCACCCUCUCAGCUAACCAAAGGCUGCUGGACGAGACAGAGGAGAGAAGGGAAGGCCCCACCACCCCUUCGGCCAAUCGAAGGCGGUCGGAAGAGGAAGAGAAGAGGGAUGAAAUUCCUAGCACCCCCUCCGCUAACCAAAGGCAGUCCGAAGAUAGCGGAGAGAGGGAGGAAAGACACACCACCCCCUCAGCCAACCAAAGGCGGUCGGAAAAGGAAGAGAAUAGAGAUGAAAGUCCUACCACCCCCUCAGCAAACAAGCCGCAGUACGAGGAGAACGUGGGGAGGGAAGAAAGUCCUCCCACCCCUUCAGCAAACCAGAUGCAAUCUGAAGAGGAGUUAGGCGCGAGAAGUCCCAACACCGCCUCAGCAAACCAGAGGCAGUCUAAAGAGAAAGAGGAAAGAAGGGUCAAUCCGACUACCCCCUUAGCUAAUCAGAGGCGGUCAGAGGCAGGAGAGGAAAGGGAGAACAGACUCACGACACCCUCAGCUAACCAGAGACAAACUGAAGUGGAAGAGGUGAGGCCGGGAAGUCCAACUACCCCCUUAGCAAACCAAAGGCAGUCUGAACAGGAAGAGGAGAGAGAUGAUAGACUCACCACCCCGUCAGCCAACCAGAGGCAAACUGAAGAGGAAGAAGAGAGGCACGUAAGUCCUACCAUCCCUAUAGCCAACCAGAAUAAGUUGGAAGAGGAAAUCGUAACGAGACAGUCUGCGCAGUCUGUGACGGCUGAGGAAAGGGAGGGUAGAUUUACUACUCCAUCAACUCACUUCAGGCCAAAUGUUAGUAAAGUGGAGAGAGGAAAAUUUACUACCCCUCCGACUUACCAUAGGCAGCCUGAAAGGGGAGUCAAGAGAACAGAAAAUGUUACCACCCUGUCACCCGAUUUGAGGCCAAUUGAGAGUGCUGUUGGGAGGGAAGAAAAAUUUACCACUCCGUCAGCUCAUCAGAGGCCACCAGCGGAGGGCGAGAGCAGGAACGGAAGUCGCACCACUUCAUCGGCAAAACAGAGGCCUUCUAAAGAGGAUCCGGAGAGAGGACAACAUUUUACCACCCCUAUUGCUCACGAGAGACCAACUGAGUCUGCCAACGACAGGGACGCAAGUUUUACCACCCCUUCAGCAAACAAGAGGCCAACUGAGAAGGAAGUGGGUCGAAAGGAAACAUUUACCACACUUUCGUCUUUUCACCCUCUGACCACCAAGCCAGCUUCGGAGGAGCAGCAAACCCCCAGAGUGCCACCAAUGCAGACAGACCACGCCAAGGCCCCUUCUAGAGAGCAAUCUACCCUAUCUGCGGAGCCUCGCCUGAGGCAGACGGGGCACGCAGUGGCACUUGCCAGAGAGCAUUCCGCCCCAUCUGCGGAGCCUCGCCUGAGACAGACAGGACACGUAGAAGCGCCUCCAAGAGAGCUUUAUACUCCAUCUGUGGAGCCUCCCCUGCGAAAGGACACUUAG